AAAUAUCGACCAAAAGAUUGAAGUAAAUGAAAUAUCCAAUAGACCUGCACCCAUGAUGAAAUUUGUCCUUUUCUAAUGUGUGACACUGGAUCGUAAGAAAGUGCUAACUAGACUGGAACCAACACAUACACGCAUAAAGACUUCGCAAAAGGAAAACAGACUUCAAAUCGCCAGAUACUUUACACUGCACGAUGGGUUCUGAAAACGAAGGUCAAGAUAUCCUGAGAUGUGAUGUAUGUGAUGGACCUGACCAUCCAUUUCACUGUGACAUUUGUGAGACCGAUCUCUGUAGAGUAUGUGUUGGCGAUCAUUUAUUGGAUUCAUCAAGAAGACAUCAAAUAGUACAAUUCGAGGAUCGAGGUUCUUCUCUAAUUUAUUCCAUAUGCCAAACACAUUCAUCAAGGCAAUGCGAGCUUCACUGUGAAAGUUGCGACGUUGCUAUUUGUGUUCACUGUUUUUCUUCGGGUAAUCAUCAAAAUCACAGAAUAGUGGAUGCAAAGAGUUUUUUUGAAAGUAAAAAAGUCGAUAUACAGAAAGAUUUGCACGAAUUUGAAACAAUUAUUUCCAAAAAAUACCAAGAUAUUGUAGACGAUUUUAUUGGUCAAAAAGAGGAGUUGAAAACAUAUUCCAGUAAUUUGACGAAAGACCUUGUCAAAUUAGAAGAAAUUUGCCAAAGAGAUAUUAAAACACUUUUUGAAAAACUGAGAUCUGACGUUGAUAAAAUUCAUAAGAAACAUAGCUCGGUAUUAAAUAAAGAGGAAGUCAAAACUACAUCAAAAUUGUCCGAAAUCAAGGACGCCAUUGAUAACCUACAAGUACUCCUGAAUUCCAAUGAUGUUGGCCUUGUUUCUGGGUACGAAUCAGAAAUAUCAGAAUUCAGAAAAUUGCCUCCAAAACUCAAGAUUAUGUUUUUACCAUUUACCUUUCCAAAUAUUGAUUUCAAGGAAAUUUACAAAAGUUUUGAUUUAUUGUCAGCGUGUUGUUUAACAACAGAGGAGCAUGACUGCACUGUAGGAAAACAGGAAGUUGGAUCAACCCACCUAGAACAAUUUCUUACUGACCCAAUUGUUGUCCACUCUAUCACAACCGAGUACAAAGGCUUCUUAAACUUAAAAGAACUACGCAAUGUUGUUUGUUGCAAUGAUAGUGAAAUCUUGACGAGUGGAAAUGAUGACAGUAUAAUGAUUUACAACCGUGAAGGAAAACUACUGAAUUCUAUCAAGACCAACUUAGGAAAAACUCCACGGUACUUAGCAGUAACACAAAAUGAUGAUUUAGUAUAUACUGAUUCCAAAACGAGAACUGUAUACAAAGUCAGUGAUGGACAGAUUCAUGCAAUGAUCAAACUAUCGUGGAUACCUCGUGGUAUAUGCAGUGCGUACAAUGAUGCCUUUCUAGUGAUUAUGGAUGGUGAUGAAUGUAAAGAAACAAAAGUAGUACGUUAUGCUGGAUUUAAAGUAAUUCAAGAAAUUCAAUUCAGGAAGAAUGGCCGACCCCUUUAUUCAUUUGGUGACAAAAUCAAAUACAUAAGUGAAAACAGAAAUUUAGAUGUGUGUGUGGCCAAUCAUGGUGCACAAGCGGUAGUGGUGGUCAAUCAGGCCGGUAAGUUCCGCUUUGAAUACAAGGGGCCCUCCUCUACUCCAACAACGGAACCGUUUGAUCCAUACGGCAUUUCUACGGACAGUGAAGGUCAAAUACUGAUAAGCGACCGUAAAAACAAUCGUAUUCACAUCGUAGACGAGGAUGGACAAUUCCUCCGAUACAUUGACAACUGUGAUUUGCACAGUCCAUGGGGUUUGUGUGUUGAUACUGAGGACAAACUCUAUGUCGCCGAGUGUGGCCGUGGUAAAGUGAAGUGUAUCCAAUAUUACACUGAAUGAAUUAGUUAUCACAUUGUAUAUAUUACAUAUAACUUAGACUGUAUUUAUAUGUCAAAUUUGCACAUGUGUAUUUCGUUCUAUCAUCUAACGGUAUAUUUUGGAUUUUAAUCAAUUCAUUUAUAUUAAAGAUAUAUUAAAAGCGGGGGGUGAAUAAAUGAAUCUGCACAGUUACAAAAGUAUUAUGUAUUUUUUAAAAAAUUGCGGAUGUAAACACUGAUACCUUAAUGUUAACAAUAGCUAAUUUUUGAAACUAUUUGUUAAGAAAUACCUUAAAGUAAAAACAGGUAAUUGAUGACAUAGAGUAAUCAUACAUUUAUAUAAUUUCGAUAAAACGUAAUACAGAUUUCCGAAACCAUUAUCCAGGGUUUGUUAGGAUUUCUUGUCGAUCGCUAUUUUAGAAAUAAUUUUGCUUCCAAGCCACGCAUUCAAUAAUAUUUUUUUUACAGUAACUGUCGACUAUACAGCUUUUUUUUUCUUUCUUUUUUUUUUUUUUUUUUUUUUAAAUUUUUCUUUUGUUUGCAGUCUCAUCUAUAUAUAUUAUAGAACGAGGACUUUAUCAUACUGAAAACCAUAUAGCAAAUGGUUUCAUUUAAUGCCAUGUAUUACAGCACCACAACAGAUUCAUUCCAAGGAGAUGGGAGGGUCUAAUUAAAGUCAAAGUACUGAAGAACUGACGGGAGUUGAUUUUGUUGAUGUUUAUUAAUUUUUAAACCAAUGAUAUGUUAUUUUGCAUGGCAAGUACAUGUAGUUUCUAAUCUAAUUACACACGUUUUUAUAAUAUGAAUUUUUGGACUUUUUCGACAAGAAUGUCGAGAAACCCCCAUGUGAAUCAUGUUAAAUAAUAUUUAAAAAUAAAAUUAAUUCAAUCAAACUAUGUAUCAGUAAUAGAAAUAUUUUUCGAAAAUUAUAUGGAUCCAAGCAAUAUUGAACUCUAGUCUCUUUCAACCAAACGCUCGGCUGACACCGUAAAUCUCCGACAAGGAUUUAAGGAGACAGCCGAGCGUCGAGUUAAACAAGACUAUAUUGAACUCUGGCGUAGGAAUACAUACGACUACAAAAAAUAUUUAAAUUGUUCCUACCAUUUAAAAUCUGACUAUUUUCAAGGUAUUUAUAAAUAAGUUUCCUUGAAAAACAAUGCUUUAGCAUACAAUACAUCAAAUUUAUCAAUUAUUUUCAAGAACUAAGUCUUGUCAUGCAGCAAUGAUUUGUGCUGAGGUUCAAACACUGUUUCACUUUCGGUUUGUCUGAGUUACUGCAUAGGAGAAUUGAUUAAAAUCAACUCCCAAAAAUGAACUUAUAACUUUGAAUUCGUAAUUUGCAAUUGUUACCUGUUCUCAUUCAAAUGUUCCGAAAAAUCUACAUUUAUAUGAAACGUUAAUUUUAAUUUACGAGGAUGUGUACCCGUGCGCAUGAUUUUUAUUCUAUAAAGGCAAAAAUAAACAACCAGCUCAAAAUAUUUGACUUAUAGACAAAAACAUAGCUACAAAUCUAAACCUCUCGGUCUGAAAAUAUUUGGAUGGGCGGCCUGGGAGAUACAGUUUUUUACUUGUUAAAAGUUACAAUUGAUAGUUUGCUAAAACUCACAUAAGCUUAACUUUGGACUUAUUAUUAUACUUUUUUUGUAAAGAGUUUUGAACAAAUAUCCUUGGAUAUAUUACUGUAGAUAACGGCACUUUACCUAUCUAUGGUAAUAUUUUAAACAUCUUUACCAGUCCAUUAAAGUAAGUGAGUGAUCUGCAUAUAAAUUUAACACACUUCAUUUUCAAAGGUCGAUUAGUGUGUUUUAGAGAAUGUCUGAUGCAGGUGAAGAAACGACAGCAUAAAUAAUUGUCGGAAGGUACUAAUGGUGCUAAUUUUUCCACAUAAUUUGGGCAGAAAAAAACCCUCAUCGGAAACCAAACGCAAUGUAGUGCGUGGCACAUUUGUAACUUAUUAACACUCUGAGGAUCUUUAGCUCAUUAAUCAUUUAUCCAAAUUUAUCCAAAAGACUGUGUUGAUAAAUCAAUCUAUAACAUUCUAGUUAAUAAUAAUAAAUGGCUGUAAUAUUAAAACAAGUCUUGAUAUUAUGUGCGUACUUAAGGUAUUAAUUUGUUUGUCAUUACAGUUCAAUUUUGUUCUAAAUUAACGUUCUAUAAAAUACAUUAUAUUGAUUAAAUACUUUUAAUAUAGUUUUAAUAAUAGUGAUUGCUUUUGAUAUGGUUUUUUUCCUACCUAGCUAUGCUUAGAUAUUUUUUUAUUAACUACUUUGCUGCAGUUUUAAGGGGAGUAGACUCUUUCAGGUUAUGUUUUAUCGUAUAACAUUAUUAUAAAUUGAAUUCUAUCCUGUAUUCCUGUUUAUCGUAUUAAAUAACGAAUUCAUUGAAAAAAGAAAUUUGGGGAAAAAAGAAAAAAACCUAUAUUGAUAUAAUGCGUAAAUCUUUAAUAAACGUUCUUCCUUUGUUAAUAAAGUUCGUUCUUGUGAUGAAAUAAGGAAACAUCAUUUGUGUUUCGUCUGAAAAAUAUAUGUUAUUGCUUUUCGAUUGAAUAUUUAGUAUUAAUUUGAUGGGUUAUUUUUUUUCCCGUUUAAUAAUACAUUAUUGAUGCUCUUCAUAAUUCGAUUGAUGAUAGUUCUUAGUUGAAAUAUAGUUAUUUCAUGUCAAUGAAUAUUGAAUGUGUGCCUUUGAAACACGUGGAUUUUUU